CUUCUGGGUAGCUGCCGUGUCGGAGACAUUUUGGAUUUAAAGGGGCUGAGCUAGCCGUCAGUCCCAGCUCUCGGUUUCCCUGAGCUAAAAAGAUGUCCACCAUGGUGUACCCACGGGAAGAGAAGCUGGAGAAGCUUUCUCAGGAGGAGAUCAUCUCGAACACAAAGCUCGUGAUCCAGGGUCUCGAAGCCCUGAAGAACGAGCAUAACUCCAUCCUUCACAGCCUCCUGGAGACCAUCAAGUGCCUAAAGAAGGAUGAAGAGGCCAACCUGGUGCACGAGAAGUCCAAUCUUCUCCGCAAGUCAGUGGAGAUGAUUGAACUGGGCUUGGGAGAAGCACAGGUGAUGAUGGCCCUGUCCAACCACUUGAACGCGGUGGAGUCGGAAAAGCAGAAGCUGCGCGCACAGGUGAGGAGGCUUUGCCAGGAGAACCAGUGGUUGCGGGAUGAGCUGGCCAACACCCAGCAGAAGCUGCAGAAGAGUGAACAGAGCGUGGCCCAGCUGGAAGAGGAGAAGAAGCACCUGGAGUUUAUGAACCAGCUCAAAAAAUACGAUGAAGAUGUCUCACCCACUCAGGAGGAGAAAGACAGAGAAACACCAAAGGACUCCCUGGAUGACCUCUUCCCCAAUGAUGAGGAGGAGCACGGCCAAGGAAUGCAGCACCAACAUAACAGUGCAGCCGUGGUCGCAGCCCAGCAGGGAGGCUAUGAGAUCCCAGCACGUCUGAGAACCUUGCACAACCUGGUCAUCCAGUAUGCCUCUCAGGGCAGGUACGAGGUGGCCGUGCCCCUGUGCAAGCAAGCUUUGGAGGACCUGGAGAAGACCUCUGGGCAUGAUCACCCUGAUGUGGCCACCAUGCUCAAUAUCUUGGCUUUGGUGUAUAGGGAUCAGAAUAAAUACAAAGAGGCAGCCCAUCUGCUCAACGAUGCUCUAUCCAUCCGUGAGAAAACCCUGGGCAAGGACCAUCCUGCUGUUGCUGCAACCCUGAAUAACUUGGCCGUGCUGUAUGGAAAGAGAGGGAAGUACAAGGAGGCCGAGCCUCUGUGUAAGAGAGCUCUAGAGAUCAGAGAAAAGGUCCUGGGGAAGGACCACCCAGAUGUGGCCAAACAGCUGAACAACCUGGCCCUGUUGUGUCAGAAUCAGGGCAAAUAUGAGGAGGUGGAAUAUUACUACUGUCGUGCCCUGGAGAUCUACGAGUCCAGGCUGGGCCCAGAUGAUCCAAAUGUGGCCAAAACCAAGAACAACCUGGCAUCCUGCUUUCUCAAACAGGGGAAAUACAAGGAGGCUGAGAUUCUCUACAAAGAGAUCCUGACUCGUGCUCAUGAGAAAGAAUUUGGAUCUGUUGAUGCUGACAACAAGCCCAUCUGGAUGCACGCCGAGGAAAGGGAGGAGAGCAAGGGCAGGCACCGAGACAAUACUCCAUACGGAGAGUACGGAGGCUGGUACAAGGCCUGCAAAGUCAAUAGCCCUACAGUAAACACCACCUUGAGGAACCUGGGGGCUCUGUACCGCCGCCAGGGCAAGCUAGAAGCUGCUGAGACCCUGGAAGAGUGCGCUGCGAGGUCUCGCAAGCAGGGCAUCGACCCCAUCCACCAGACACGUGUGGUGGAGAUCCUGAAAGACACAGAGGGCGACAGGCGGAAGAGCAGGGACAGUCUCACCAGCGUUAAGUAUGAGAGCGGCUCUGAGACCGGCGAGGAAGCCUAAGCCAUCAAGACUAUUCCUCCAUCCUUCUCUCCUUCCCCAACACAAUAGCAAAAGGAUGUGUGUUGUCAUUCCCUCUGGCCUUCUCUGUCCAACAGCUCCUCUGCCAUUCCUGAUGCUCCCCCCUCUCCUGCGGCAGAGACUCAGAAAGCCCCCCUCCUGGUUGUCACCUCUCUCCCCUGUUCAACUGACAGCUGCUGGGACGUUUGGUCUUCUCACCUCUGCUCUGUUUUCUCCUCCUUACUUUCUCUCUCCCUGUCCUUCCCUCUCACUAACCUGCGUCACCCCUUCCCCAUGUCGGAACUUCAACUCUUUCUGUCACAAAAAAGAAAGAAAAACAGAAAGAAAAAAAGUCAUUGUGUGUAAUCUUUCCACGUGAGGAAGUAACUCGCACAUUUUUCCUCUAUUCACACCCAUGUGUAUUUACCACAGGGACACAGCAGAUUUAUUUAUUGGCUCAUAAGAGGAGCAGCCAUUUAUUGAAACAAGGCAGAACAGCAGAAUAGCUCCAGACAUCACUCCAGCACAUAACCAGAUAAAGCGCUACAGAUAAUGAACUUCCACGGUUACUCUGCAUUGUUCUCACUCCAAAUUUGUUUGUUGCCUUGAGCACAACAAAUGACAGCUAACGUCAAAGCUAGCAUCCAACCCGGUGCCUGUAUUUAGCCAUAAUUGUAUCUUUUUGGGUUUUUUUGCCACUGUGUGUUUGACAGUUUGAACUAACGCCUGCGAUCAAAUGCUUAACAAGUUUUAAAAUGAAUGGUACUGUAUAGUUUGACACGUUGACAGUCAGCGGGAAGAGUAAAGGGAGGGUUGCCAAUUUUGUGUUGUGUUUUUUUUUUUGUGUUUAUAGAUAUAUUUGCUAUUAAUUUGUUUUGUUUUGGUUUAUUUUGUAUGAAAUUGUUUACAUUUUCUAAAUACUUUAUUAUUAUGUGGCUCAAUAUAAAGGCAGUAGUAUGUCAACAGUGCCAUUGCGUUGCCCGCUGUGACGGGACCGGAGCAGGAUAGAGGCCAAAACGUGACGGCAGAUUAGCCAGAUCACAGCAAGCUGUUGUGUCGCCAUGGUAAUUUAUUUUCAGCUUCUGCUUACUCGCUUCAGUGUGACUGUUUCAAGCUUUAGCAAAGGCUCUACAGUCACUUGCAUUUACAAAGGGAAUUGGCAACAUUGGCUGACGCUGUAAAGCCCAUACAAUAGCAGAGACCUACUAGCACAAACACUGGCCACCUGAGUGAUCUCUAUAUAGUUUAAUAAAUGGGCAUAAAUGCCCACAAUUGCCUUGAUCUGUUGGUGUAGGAGUAGAGGAUAGCAUCGUAAAUCAACAGAAACCUGGAUCCUACAGUAGUUGUAGUGUGUAUUCGUGUGUAUGUUUUCGGUGGUACAGUCGCAGCGCCCACUCUGGCUAUGGAUGCUGUAUUUUGAACACAGAGUUUAAUGGACUUUUUCUCACACAGUUGUUUGCAAGUAAACAGUCGGUGAAUCAUGUUUUUAGACACCAGGAGUACAGUGCGAGUGUUUCCUCAAGAUCAACAUUAUUUCAGAUGUUUAACUAACUGAAUGUAAAUGAUUUAACAUCUUGGAAGUGUAAUAGUAGGCUGUAUUUAUAGUUGACAUUGCAUUCACUAUAUGGCUUUUCAUCAUGCUACUCGCCUUGAUUCUUCAUUCCUUCCCAUGCGAACACCUAUACUUCUAAUGCAACUAUGAACAAAAUAAAUAAAUAAAUAAUAAAAGACUGUGUCCAUCACAUAAUUAUGGCAAUAUUGUUGUGUUAGUGGAAUGCUUAUUUAUUGAACUGUCUGUUCUCGACAUAUGUAGUGUGACUUUCAGUUUCCUAAAGAACAUAAAUGGAAAAGUCUAUAACGCACUUAGUAAGUAGGAUUGCAUUAUAAUUACCAUUCUGCAUUGUGAAGGUUAUUGCAUCGACUCUUGUUGGUAUUCUCAAAUAAAGUUUUUCCAUUUGUGAAGUCUGUCUUUUCUCUGAUUCUGAUGCAAACAGACACACACUCCUGCUUUGAGGUUUUAAUGUCAGCUGCUGAGCCAAACAGGCAACAGAAGUCACAUUUGUACACACAGCUCCCUCUGCUGGUAGUCCUGUAGUAGUGCAUUGUGACAGCCACUUUAUAGAAAAAGUUCAGUUUUAUUUCUAUUGCACCAAAUCACAACAGCAGUCGCCUCAAGGAGAAAAGGGCACACUGGGAAAGCAAGACAAGUACAUACAGUUUUAUUUGCUGAUUAGAAAUUAAAACAGACACUUUACAAGUUGGUUGCUAUUACACUUAAACACACACACACGGGAAUCUAAUGAAUGAAUGAAUGGAUGGAUUAUUGCAAUUAACUUUAAAGUCAUUUUUAAAUUUGUCUGAAUAGAACCUCUGGAUUUUUAUUAGUAUGCUACUGACAAAAUAAAACAGUCAUAUUUAAGUAAAUCAUACAGAUAAAGCUAUUAAUUUAAGGCAAAUGUGACAAAUUAAACUGGUUACACUGCUUUCUAUUGGGCUGUGAAGUGUGUCACAGUUUGGGUAUGAAGACUAUCAGAGGUUUGCCGUGUUACCGAGUCCCAGGAACCUAAAACUGCAUAUCUACUCCACUCGUGUAACCAUGGUUACAUAUCUUCUUAAAAUCAAUCUCUGCUUUCUUUCUGCUGAAAAUGAACUUCAGAUUAUUCAAUUUAUCAGACUGCAAGUUUGCUGAUUUCCUUCCAACAUGAAGUCUCGUGUUUGUUUUCCUAAUGAACCAAACCAGCGACGAUACAACAGAUCUCUAUGUGUGGGAGUGAAGUAAUGAGUGCACAGUGAGAAUAUCAGGUGUCACAAAAUGUCAAGAAAAGCAGCAAAAGCCAAUUGUCUCAAUGAAGAUGUUGUGCCAUGUGUUAAUAAUGACUAUAUAUGGCACUCAGCACAACCUUUGGAUCAAACUAUAAAGACUUGCAUGUAAAUGGAAGUUGACUGAUUCUGGAUAGAUGUUUCCAGCUCCGUGUGAACAACUCAGUGACACCUAAUUAAAUUGUGCGAGGCACCAUGAUCACGUCGUUUGGCUGGGAGCAGCUGAUUAUAGCGCGUCAUGAUGUGCUACACGACUCAAGCGAAACACAAACAUGCAUCUUGAUAAUUGAUGAUUACUAGUUAAUGAUAAGAACAGGCAUGUUUGCAGCUGGGAGUGUGGAUGAGCUAAUGAGCAUCUGUGUGUGUCUGCAGGAUGGCAGUGGAACCCUCUAUCGCAGCGGCUCUCUGGGGAAGCUCAGGGAUGUUUUGCGUCGCAGCAGCG